AUGCAGACCCGCUCCUCUCUGCCCCCAAAGUCCCGGGAGCUGCGGGGGGACACGGAGCCCCACGUCGCCGCGCUGAGACGUGCUCUCUGUGAAGAAUUCCGAGCGUGGCUUUCUGCUGUCACCCAGAUUGAGCUGGAGCCAACUAUUGACAUCUCCUGUGCUAAAUACGAGUAUACUGAUGUCCUGCUGUGCCAUGAUGAUGAGCUGGAAGGUCGGAGAGUUGCUUUCAUCCUCUACCUUGUCCCACCCUGGGAGAAAAGUGAUGGGGGAACUCUGGACCUGUACAGCACGGAUGAACACUCUCAGCCACAGCAAAUAGUCAAGUCAUUGGUGCCUUCGUGGAACACCCUGGUUUUCUUUGAAGUGUCUCCAGUCUCUUUCCACCAGGUGUCAGAAGUCCUGGCUGAGGGGAAGUGCCGCUUGUCACUCAGCGGCUGGUUCCACGGCCCCCCGACAGUCAGACCCACACACCAGGGUGACACUGCCCUGCCCUGCAGCCCACACAUCCCCCACGAUCAUGAAAUCUUGUAUGAAUGGAUCAACCCAGUUUAUCUGGACAUGGAUUCCCAAGCUCAGAUCCAGGAGGAAUUUGAGGAGCGAUCAGAAAUUCUCCUGAAAGACUUUCUCAAGAAAGAGAAAUACCAACUUCUGUGUGAGGCUUUGGAGAGCAAAGACAUCGAGUGGAGCAGCCGAGGCCCUGCCAAUAAAAGACUCUACGAGGCAGCAGCAGAAGAAAGCCUCCCUGAGCUCCUGAAGCAAUUCCUGCAGCUCCUACACUCCGAGGCCUUGUUUUUACUGCUCUCCAACUUCACUGGCCUAAAGCUGCACUUCCUGGCUCCCUCUGAGGAGGAUGAAGGUGCUGGGGAAGGAAGGGCAGCAGACACUGCUGGGCAGAGCAGUCCCAAACAUGAGGAGGAGACCAACCAGCAGGCUGAGAGCAGCUCCCAUCAGCCAGCCCAUCCUGACCACAUUCCUGCAGCACAGGGGAGUGACACACACAACGGCCCGGGUACCCCGCUGUGUGCCGGGGAGCUGAGGCGCUGGGCCCACGGGCACUACACUCUGGUCCAUGACACUCAAGCAACAGAAUUUGCUCUCGACCUGCUCUUCUUCUGUGGCUGUGAGGACUGGGACCCAGAGUAUGGUGGCUUUACUUCCUACAUUGCUAAAGGUGAAGAUGAAGAGCUGCUGACAGUCAACCCCGAGGACAACUGCUUGGCCCUGGUUUACAGAGACAAAGAGACCUUGAAGUUUGUCAAGUACAUCAACCAUCGCAGCUCAGCACGGCUGGGGAAGCAACCCCACAGAACAGGGUUUUGGGAUUUCUCCUUUGUCUACUAUGAGUGA